GUCCCUUUCACUUCUCAUGUCAACUGCGGGCCCUGGGUGGCCACCUAAGGCUCUGGAGCGUCUCCUGUCCACGUGGUCCUGUAUCCUCUUUGCCUUGAGGAGACAGACCAGUGGUUUCAGGGCCUGCCCCAGAGUCAGCCCUAGUGUCUCCUAGAGGAGCCAGGAGGCAGGAGAUUGGAGCCCACAGCCCCAAGACAGUGCCUCCGGGUCACCACAGCUCUAGCUCUGCAGUGACAGAGAUUGCUGCGAGCACAGGAAAGAUACUCUGCUGAACCCCUGGCAUGCAGAGGCCCACAGACCUUCCCUACUCCUGACACCUGGGCUGUGCUCUGGGAAGGACGCAGCCCACUCACGCUCUUAGCAUGGAGGGACACCCUCUCCCCUCAGCCUGCCUCUUCCCACACAGAAAGGCACACAGCCCAGUUCUAGGCAUCCUCUGUCGCACUUUAGAAGGGACAUCCCCCCACCACCUCACCCCCUUAGAGCCCUAGAAUCUGAUCCCUUUCUGCCACACAUUGCCACUGUGGCAGUACGUGGGGCAUCUGGCCCUGCACCUCUCUCCUGCCCAGCCCAGUCCAAGGCCCUCUCACUGGUGCCCUAAGGACAGAGAGUCCUGGCUGUCCCGAGGACCACCAAUGCCCCACAUCCCCGCCAGCCCCUGCUUCCUGCAGUCUGUCCUCAGGCAGAAGCUUCCUUGGCUGAGGAGAGCAAGGUACUGGCUAAGGGACAGGCAAACCCAGAAAUGCCUUCUCUACUCCGCUGGAAGCAGGGCCUCUGUGAUGCACAACUCUAGCAUACGUACUCCUGCCUGCAGAGCACCCCUGGAGUUAUACAGGCAUAGGCCGCAUGCCUGUAAGUUGUGGCUCCAGCUAAAAAAGCCCCAGGGAAGGUACCCCAAUUGAGCAGCCAGUUGCGGGAGGCAACAGAGCAAGCUGCUCACCGCUUGGCCUCCUGUCCCACAGGGGUCCUGUGGAGCCUGCAGAGAGCCCACUAUCAGCAGCAGGUGUCUGCAGCCUGACUUCUAGUCCCCAGCACUGCAGGAAACUACUCCUGCAAAAGCUGAGGUUCUGAGCCCUGGCCAUGCACCACAAUCACCUGCGCGAAUUUGACAACUGCACAUGCCAACCCUCAAAUUCUGAUUCAGGUCUGGGGUGGAGGCCUGAAUGUGGGUAGUUUUUUUAAAGGUCCCCAGUGACUCUGAUGCAUAGCCAGGGUACAGCCAGGGACCACACAUAUUCCCUGAGUACUCUCUCCCCCACCUGCAGCUUCCAGUUGUCAUCUGGUCCACAGUCCCUAAUUGCCAGCCACGCUCUCUCCACCCCGCUCGGGGCUACAGAUCCAACUGCUUCAGAACAUUUCCACCAGGAACCUUUCCACUCACAGGCCCUUCCAACUCUAAAUGUCCAACACAGAUCCCAGCAGCCCCUAUGCCUCCUCUGGGGAGCCCCAGGGCCCAGAAGGUACCCCCUCCACCUAGGCACCCAGGCCAAAGGCAUACUUUUGCCAGACCUACCUCCUCACCCUGUCCAAUCAUGCACCAACUGAAUUUCAAGAGUGUUUUGGAUUGGGCCAGCAACCUCACUGCUCCCUGCACACCUGGCAUCGGACCUCACCCUCUCCCCAGCAGCUUCCUGACUACCUCCACUUCUCCUCUGUCCUGCCUGGCUCCAGCCAGUCACCCACUAUUGAUACAUCUGGCCACACCUUUCCACUCAAAACCCUUCAGGUUCCCCGGUAUCAUAAGGAUAAGGGCAAGACCCCUUAGUAGGACCUUUCCAUCCAUGUUAUUCACCCAACUCCCACCCCAAAUUGCCAGUUAGGCAUCUGAAAUGCUACCCUGCAGCUCCUACUUGAAGAAGCCUCAGCUCAAAUGUUCCUCCUCUGUGACCCUCCCCUUCUUCACCCCUCGCACCCCCUUCUAUGAACACUGCCCUCACUGCGCCAUAGUGACACCCGCGUUUGCAAGUAUGUCCCCUCUCCAAGCCCCAGGAGUGGUGACUAAAGCAGAAUCAGAGCUUGAACGCCCGCCCCCGGGGUGGGGUUGCCUACCGACCCAUCGAGGUAAAGAACAAACUAGCAGUGGAGAAGAGACCAGUCACUGCAGGGCAGCCAGCCGGGCACCCCGCCCCCCGCCGGGUCUGCACGCACCAGUGGGCGGCGGCCCAAGGCAGGGACUAGCCUGUCCCCCCACCCUCCCCGCCCUCGUUCUCUCUCUCCCGCCCUCGCCGGGUCUCCCCGCUCCCUACUUCGCGUGUCUACAAACUACGAACUAGUUUCCGUGCCUCUCCGCUGCCCGAAUUCUCCACUCUCUGCAUCCAGGGGUCCCCUCCCAGCUUCUACCCCGGCCUCAGGGGUACCUAGCCGAGCCAGGGGGCAGCGGAUCCCGCGAGUGAAGCGGCCAGGUGAGCCCUGAAAGGUGGGGCGGGGCAGGGGCGCUCCAGGCCCCACCCCAGGAUCCGGUGACGCCGGGGCUGGAAUUUGACACCGGACGGUGGCGGGCAGGAGGCUGCUGAGGGAUGGAGUUGGGCCCGGCCCCCAGACACGGCCCACGGGCUCCGCCAGCAGCAGGUCCCUCGGGCCCCAGCCCUCGCUGUGACCCGAGCCGGAGCCCCACACCCGAGGUAAACCAGCCCGCCUGCCCAUCCCUGGUCCCAGCCCUGGAUGGACGCUCCUGGGGCUAGAGGGAGCGGGCAGGACCAUCCCCCUCCACUCCUUUCUCGCAUCCUCCCUCUCCUGGGCCCGCAGCGCAGCUCUCUGCCCCUCCCAGCCCCUUCAGUCCCUCUUGUCGCUUGUUGGACUGUGCUGGCCCAGCCCGCCUGCUGUAAUGUGAGGCUCCCGCUGCCACUACAGGGAGCUGACUGGCUGCCAAGGCCACACUUUUGGCUAAAAGAGGUGUUGCCAGGUGCACAGCCCUGGGCAUGAGCCAUUUGAGCUGCAGGGGAAAGCCCACUACUGGUCCCAGGAAAGGUGCCUAGAAGAAUACGGUGCAAGACCCCCGUGGUGAGUAGCCGGCUGCUGGAUGGGGAGAGGAGGGUUGGAGGACCAAGUGGCACCAGACUGCAGGGAGGGAGAGGUAGGGCUGAGCUACCAUCAAGGGACCUGCUCCUGGGCUCCCCCUAGUGCAGAGGGCCCUGAAGGUUGCCUUGCCUGGCUUUCCCUCCAUCAGUGAGAAGUCACUGGUCUGACCUGGAGGGUCCGACAGAGGACCAUCUCAGGAAGGUCUGGGGAGGACUGUCCCAUGCUGUGCAGGCAUUCUGUGUGCUUGGGGAUAGGGGUGAGGGUGACAGCUGGGACCCAAGGGAAGGACAGAUAAUGAGGGCUCGUGAAGGCUCUGGGGCCCCAAAGGGGUGUUUGGGUGUGCCAGCCAGUUGGAGCUCAGGAAGGUUGGCUGGGAUCAGGAAGGAUGGCUCACAGGACAAACUUCUAGGAACAAGGCUAGGCUGCUAGAGCCAUAGAAGGCUGGAAUCGGGGCAUACCGAGACAAGCUCCCAAGGUGGCUCAACUCUCAGAGACGAGGCUGGUGUGGAAACCUGGCUGGCCCUCCUGGGAGCGCCUCCUGCAACUCCCGCUGAGAGAAUAGAAAAGCCCACCCCUCCUUUGAGUCUGCAGGCUUGGCAGACUCUGCCCUCUGGUGGCCAUAGUAAGCCAUGGCCAGGCCCCAACAGCCCUCACCAUCUGCUGGCUCUGGAGGGACAUCUCUGGUGCUAAGAGAGAACUCAGGCAGCUCUGGGGCCAGACCAGAGAUCACACAGCAACAAGGUACAGCAGCUCUGGGUGGGCAGCAGAGGUGAGGCCUGGGCCCCAUUGUCGUCAGAUAACUCUCAGGCCUCAGCUUCCUCCCCACAGCAUGGGGCGAAGGCUCUCUGCAGGGCCAAGUGUGUCCAGCUCCUACCUUCUCCAGCCAAUCGCAGCUCCAGCCCUACAGCACAGACAGGAAGGUUCUGGGAAAAGAGGACCUUCCCUUCCCUCUGGCUAUGUGGGCCCAGCCUUAUGACCUUAGACAAACUCUGAGCUUCUCUGAGCUUUGUCCAUCUGGAAAAGGGAGAUCAAGCCAUCUGCCUCAUGGAGUUUUGAAAGAGGGAAUAGCUGCAAAGCGCCUACCACACAGUGUCUCAAGAGGAGGGUGGGGGAACAGGUCAACAAAGGCUGAUGGGAGCUCCUGGUGUCGGCAGAGAUGGAACUUGGACUUGGAGGCCUUUCUGCGCUGUCCUACUGUCCAUGGCCUAGGCGGCAGGUUCCACUUUGUGUCUCUGCACAGCCUGCCCUGUGGCCGACGCUGGCUGCUCUGGCUCUGCUGAGCAGCGUCGCAGAGGCCUCCCUGGGCCCUGCACCCGGCAGCCCCGCCACCCGCGAAGGCCCAGCGCCAGUCCUGGCGCCCCCCGCCGGCCACCUGCCGGGGGAACGCACGGCCAGAUUGUGCGGUGGAAGAGCCCGGCGACCUCCGCCUCCGCAACACCCCGGGCCAGCACCUGCGCCCCCCGCGCUCCCGUCUGCUCCUCCCCGCGGGGGCCGCGCGGCGCGUGCCGGGGGCCGGGGCGGCCGCGCACGGGCCGCAGGGGCGCGGGGCUGCCGCCUGCGCUCGCAACUGGUGCCGGUGCGCGCGCUCGGCCUGGGCCACAGCUCCGAUGAGCUGGUGCGUUUCCGCUUCUGCAGCGGCUCCUGCCGCCGUGCGCGCUCCCCGCACGACCUCAGCCUGGCCAGCCUGCUGGGCACCGGGGCCCUGCGGCCGCCCCCGGGCUCCCGGCCAGUCAGCCAGCCUUGCUGCCGACCCACGCGCUAUGAAGCGGUCUCCUUCAUGGACGUCAACAGCACCUGGAGGACCGUGGACCGCCUCUCAGCCACCGCCUGCGGCUGCCUGGGCUGAGCUCUCUCCAGAGUUGUGCAUAUGGGCCCCUUACCUGUGAAUCUUCCUGCCUGGGACUUCCCGCAGGGCCACACUAGCCAGAGGCCUCAGUCCUCAGCCGCCUGAGUGAGGGACAUCAGCCCUGAGAGACAGAUGGAGGGUGACCGACCAGAAGCCCCAGCACCCUCACCCUGCAGAUCCCAGCCCUACAGGCACCAGAGACCUCAGCUGUGGAGACCUUAGGACCCACUUAUCACAGACUCUGGCACCGGCCAGGCCUUGGACCUAGGACCCCUCCGGAGAACCUAGCAGUGGCUGAGGCCUCAGCCUGGCCCAGGCCCCAGCCCCGGCCCAGGCCCUGGGUGGAGGGCAGAAUUUGGAGGAGACACAUUACAGUUCCAUGGCUGAGAAUGCCUGUGCUGGAGCUGGCCUUGUACUCACUCGUGGGAGCUGGACCCUUAUUUAUUAUUUCUAAGUUAUUUAUUUAUUUC